UUUUUUUUUCUUUGUUUCUUUUCUGUUUUCCAAAUUCAAGUAGGUGGGGCUGCUCACCCUCUUUCUUUUCAGGAUUCUCUCUUGCACCUCUCAGUACCACCGCCUGACAAGAAGGACUAGAAGCAAGAAUAAAUGAGCCCACACAUCAACAAAGCAAAAGAGAAGAAAACAGAAUCUCAUCAAUCUCCAUCUUUAUCUCUUUCUCUCUCUCUCACACAUCUUUAAGGAGUUGAGCCUCUUCUUAAUUCACGUCAGAUGAAGACAAUCAUGGCCAAGACCCCUUACGACUCUUCCUUCUCCUUCUCUAAGCGGCACUUUCCUUGGCGAAGGAAGACUGAAGGUGAUGAUGAUGAAGAUGAAACAAUGACCUUCAACUCCUCCUUUAACGCGACGCAUAUUUACGAGGAGGAGAAAGAAGGAGAGACGGCGGCUAAGACCUCGGCGCCUACAGCUACAGGUACAGGCCCUACAGCCGCGGCCUCGGUAGCCGGCCGAAGGAGGAGGCUGCCCAUUGUGGCCGUUGCAAGGCUCCGAUCAGUUCUUACAGUCUUCGGUAGGAACCGGGCACACUUGUCUUCAGGCCUUGGCACCCGAGUGGUAGGCACCCUUUUCGGCAAUCGGCGUGGGCACGUUCAUUUUGCAUUUCAAGAGGAUCCCAAGUCAUAUCCAGCGUUUCUGAUCGAGCUUGCCACCCCGACGAGCGGAUUGGUUCGUGAGAUGGCAUCUGGGUUGGUUCGUAUAGCUUUAGAGUGCGAGAAGGUGGUGGACAAGAAGGGAGUGAGAUUGCUACAAGAGCCCCUGUGGAGGACUUACUGUAAUGGGAAGAAGUGUGGGUAUGCAACGAAGCGAGAAUGCGGACCCGAGGAGUGGAAGGUGUUGAAAGCGGUGGAGCCAAUCUCAAUGGGAGCUGGUGUACUGCCGGGGAAUGGAGCCGGGUCCGACGGUGAACUCAUGUACAUGAGGGCCAAGUUUGAGCGGGUUGUGGGCUCUAGAGACUCUGAGGCUUUCUACAUGAUGAACCCUGAUGGUACCGGAGGUCCUGAGCUUAGCAUCUAUCUGCUUAGAGUCUGAGGUAGCCAUUGGAAAGUCUCGAUUCAACUACUUGCUUACUUGGUACUAAUUUUGCUUUGGUGAGAGUUUAGUGUAACAGUAAUAGCUGUGGCUCCUGAGCUUAAUCAUCAACAAGAAACAUGUAGCUCUUGAGUUGCAGAACCAUGAAAGUGGAGAUUUGAUGGUCUCCAAUCGUUAUUUUUGGGAAAAUGGAAUCUGUUCUUCCAUCUGUAAGUCUUAGCCUCUUAGGUACUGUAGUAGUGGCAUUAUAUCCUGAUGAUAGAUUGGGGUGUGGGGUAUAUCUAUGUAUAGGUUUUCUCUUUUCAUUUUCCUCAAAGAAGAAGGAUUAUCAGUGGCAUAUAAGCAAAUGCACUCAUCAUUUCCCUUCCACUUGUUACUUGUCAAAACUCCGCUUAUGAUUAAUUGGUCUCUGCUUGGUAAACCAUGGAUUUAUGAACUAA